AUGUGGCGGCGGGCGGCGGUGGCGGCGGGACGGGGGAUGGCAGGGCGGCGGUGGCGGAGCGGGGCGGGCAGCCCCGACCGCGCCGCUGCCGAGCGGGCCCCGAGGAUCUACACGAGGACAGGAGACUCAGGAUUCUCCAGCACCUUCACCGGGGAGCGGCGGCCGAAGGGCGACCGGAUCUUCGAGGCCCUGGGAGCCACGGACGAGCUGAGCUCGGCCAUCGGGCUGGCUGGUGAGUUUAGCAGUGAAAAGGGCCACACGUUUGUUGAUCAACUUCAUAAAGUCCAGUGCAUGCUGCAGGAUGUGGGCUCCAACCUCGCCACGCCGCUCUCCUCAGCCAGGGAGGCUCACCGGAAACGAACAUCGUUCAGCGACAAGCCCGUCCUGGAGCUGGAGCAGUGGAUUGACAGUUACUCAGAGCAGCUCCCUCCCCUCAGAGCCUUCAUCCUGCCCUCUGGAGGCAGGAGCAGUGCUGCUCUCCACUUCUCCCGAGCCGUGUGCCGCAGGGCUGAGCGGUGCGUGGUGCCUUUAGUCCAAGCAGGGGAAGCAGAUCCAAACGUGGCCAAGUAUUUAAACAGGCUCAGUGAUUAUCUCUUUGUCCUGGCACGUUAUGCUGCAAUGAAGGAAGGGAAGGAAGAGAAAAUCUACAUAAAACCUGAGCCAUAGCUGGGAGUUGGAAUGGUUUUUCCUUGAUGAUGGAAAACUAAAUCCAGUUGACUGCUUUUGUCCAUCAAGGGAGGGAGAGAGAACAAGCCUGGACUGGAAAUGGGAGCUGCCAAGGAUUUCCAUGUGAAAUAAGCAGGACCUUGUUGAUAAAUCCUGAGAGGAACAGAAUCACAGAAUAACCUGAGUUGGAAGAGACCCAAACACACUUGUUGUUCCCUGGGCCUGGUCCACACAUCCCAUGUGGGGACAGUUCUGGAGUCACUGCUUCUCCCAGGUGGGAGAUGAGGCAGGAGAAUUCCAGUCACAUUUUGGAGAUGCCUUCAUUUCCCUGGGCUGCAGCAGGUGCUGUGGGAAGGCUCUGACAGGACUCUGAGGGAUGAUGAAGGGAAAACAAUCAGCUCCUCCUUUGAAGUCACAGUGCUCAUAUGGAGCAGCAGCUGGAGGCAUUUGGGAAUUGUGUCCACAGCUCUGAAAUAAUAAAUGUGAGUUUCCUUGUACCAAAGGACCACAAACUGUCACAUUUUAACACCGAGCCCUGUGCGCUUUGCUGCUCCAAGUCCUUUCCAAUCCAUCAGCUCUGGCUGGAGCUGAGCUGUACAGAUUUACAGGAAUGCACCAAGAAUUCCUUGGCUCUGGCUGCCUGUUGUGCAUGUGAGGAAUGUCUCUGUGCUGACACUCCAGUGCAUCCUCUGCCAGGAGCAGGGCUCACAGGAUGGAGGGGGUGAAGCAGGAAGGCCAAAUCCCAGGCUCUGUGUGCUGGGCUUGUCUCCAUGUGGAGCUGUCCCUUGGAAUGGUGGGACCAGCUGCAGGAACAGCUGGAGGAGCAGAGCCCAGGCUUUGGGAGCACUCAGAGCACUGAGGUUGCAGGAAGAGGGGUUGGGAUGAGGAACAACACCCCAAAGGUUGCUCCCAGAGUGUCUGUGCUGACCCUGGAACAGAACCCUUGGCAGAGCUCACACCCACAUCACACAGACAAUUCCAGCUCUGCACUCAAGUCCAGCUUGGGAACAAAACUGGGAAGAAUCCCUGGUGGUGUAAUCUUCCCCCUGGGAAUGCUGUGGGCUGCAAGGUGGUGAUGCCCAUCCAGGGCUUGUCCUGCUUUUAGUGGGGUAACUUUUAAAUCCAUCCUGCCCCUUCCCCAGUUGAAUUAUUCGAGUAGAACCAACCUUAAACUUGUUCUCCAAAGAA